GUCCGAGGAGUUAUUGACAUUAGAGGACAGGACACAGUUAUCAACAUUUAUUGGCAAAAACAGCAGUUUUGAAUUGUUAUAUAAAAUAAGUCGUGAUGGUUGUUCGGCGACAAGGUUUCACCAGUCCUGUGACUACAAAGGUCCUACAGUAACGGUCCUUUACGAUACUGAUAAUAGCGUGUACGGAGGAUUCCUUUCAGAAGACUGGAAAGUAGGAAGGCCAUCAACAAGCAUAGAGGAUAGAAAAGCCUUCAUUUUCACUUUACGCGACAGGGGUGUUUCAGAGCCAAUGAAGUAUCCCGUCAUAAAACCUGAACAUGCUGCAUUUGCAUCGAAGGAAUUUGGGCCAACCUUUGGUGCAGGGAGUCUUCUGGAUGUUGAUGAACCUAGACAAUUAGUUCAUAAGCAUAAGAAAAUGGCUUUUAGAAAAACUGGGGCCCCUCAGAACCACCAAAUUGAUAAUGCAACUGUAGAUCUGUUAACAUUUUAUGGAACUGUAGAACCAACUGUGGAUAGAUGUACAGGAACCACAGAUUAUGUACUAAAUGGAAAAGCUGAUUUCAGAUUUGCCUAUGGGGGAGAUAAUGAGCCUAUGUGGUGCGCAUAUCACAUGUGUGUCUUUGACCUAGAGGUGUAUAAAACAUUUCGAAAAUUAAAGGACAGAGUUUCCAAUUAUAAACCCUUAGACGAUUCGGGUUUAUCUGAAGUGAACAUCUUAUUAGUAGGCCAGAUUGGAGCUGGGAAAUCCAGUUUUUUCAACACUGUAAACUCAAUAUUCCGAGAGGAAGUGACUGCUCGGGCAUGCGCAGGAAACUCAAAACAUAGUCUUACUACAGUUUAUCGAAAAUAUCGAAUUAGAAACCCGGAAACUGGUGGCUAUUUAAACUUCCGCCUCUGUGAUACACGUGGAAUUGAGGAAGAUAUGUGCAUCAAACAUCAGGAUAUGGUAUCCUUAUUAGACGGACAUCUCCCUGAUCAACACAAGUUUAAUCCUGCGGCUCAUGCUACCGAAAAAUACCCUGGCUUUAAUACAAAACCUACCUUUCAGGAUAAAAUACAUUGUGUAGCUUUUGUUAUGGAUGCGAGUACCAUUGAUGUUCUUCAAGGAUCAGUCUCGCAGAAACUGGAAGAAUUUCAUUCUCUUAUGAUUGAAAGGG